AUUAAGCUGCCAAGCCAGUACACCGGCCGCGUCUGUAGUAAUGGCAACUGCUUGCUCGCUUCCUCCUCUUGUGCUUCUUCUUCUUCUUCUUCUGGUGGGGCUACCCCUCUCGUCGGCGGCCGUCCGGCCACCUCCCCAGGUCGGCAGGUUCUUCGCCAGAGCUGUCGGUUCAAUCAUCAAGAAAUCCACCAAAGAGUACCUGCAAGAUAGGGCCAAGGACAGCGUCCGGGACUUUUCCAGCCAGGGCAACACCGGCAAGCAGGGUAACAACGACCAGCUCGGCAGCUCAGCGGCGGACAAAUUCGGUGCCUUCUUCUUCGACCUCUCCGUCGGGACGCCCUCGUCGCCACGGACCAUCUCCCUCGUCCUGGACAUCACCAGUGAGCUCGUGUGGACGCAGUGCGUCGGGCUACAGCCGACCGACGACACCUUCGUCCAGAUCGGCUGCGACGACCAGAAGUGCAAGGACGUGUUCCCUGACGAUACCACCUGCGCCGCGGCCAACCCUGACGACGCCUGUGCCGCCAACCUCGGCCGGCCCUGUUGCGGGUACCAGGAGACAUUCUACGGAGGCGGCGGCACAAAGGGAAACCUCGCCACCGAAACGUUCACCUUCGGUAGCACGCCCGUCACCGACUUUGUGUUCGGCUGCAGCGACAGCGACACGGUGCUAAACGACCUCGACUCCGGCACCGGCACCGGCUCCGGCGCCUCCGGGUUCGCUGGCUUCAGCACGGGCCCCCUCUCCCUCGUGUCGCAGCUUCAAAUCUCCAGCUUCUCCUACUUCAUCGCGCUCCCCGACGACCCCGACAAGGACAAGAGCUUCAUCAGCUGGGGCGACGCGACGCCUAAGGGUGGCCUGGGCACGCCGCUGCUGGUGCCGACGCCCAGCCAGAGCCCUCACUGGUACUACGUCAAGCUCACCGGCGUCCAGGUAGACGGCCAGCUCCUCAGCGACAUCCCGGCGGGAACCUUCGACGUCAACACGGACGGUGCCGGUGGGGUGUUCCUGAGCACCACCUUGCCGGUCACCUACCUGGAGCAGGCCGCGUACAAUGUCCUGAGGCAAGAGCUCGUGAGCAAGAUCCAGUCCAAGGGCGUGAGUCCGACGAACCCCGACGAUGAGAACCACCUCUGCUUCGACAAGCAGUCCUUCGCCGACAAAGAGGUUCCCAAACUAGCACUGGUGUUCGACGGCGCUGACGCGGUCAUGGAGCUCAAAGUGCAGAACUACUUCUUCACCCUUGACAACGAGAUGACGUGCCUCGCCAUACUGCCGUCUACCGGCGGUUCCGUUCUGGGCAGCCUGCUGCAGACGGGCAGGACCAUGACCUACGACCUCCAACACAGCAUGCUGACGUUUGGCACGUUCGAGACGGCAGCAGCUGCUCCCGCGCCGGCGAAGGUGCAGCUCAUGAUAAUGGCCACUCUUCUUCUCUGGGUGCUCCUCCAGUUCUAGUAUACCGCUCUACGUAAAUAAAGUCUCUCUGCCGUAAAUUUGUAUGUGUUCGCUAAGAUUGCCAGAUGUCGGCAUAAGCUAUUGUAUAUGUAUAUGUGGCUACUAUGUUCUACUGUGUUGUCCGCAUAAGCUAUUGUAUAUGUAUAUGUGGCUACUAUGUUCUACUGUGGCACACAUCAUAUCUCAGAGCA